GGUUCACAGGUCCAGUGCCUCGUCCCCGGAAGGGGACAAGGAAAAGAUGACCUACACUGAUCUGGACCUCGAGCAAUCACACAUCCGCGGUAUCGAGACUUCGGCUGAGACGGCGCUGCAUCGUGGUCUCAAGGCUCGCCAUAUUACUAUGAUUGCCAUCGGUGGCGCUAUCGGAACUGGUCUAAUUAUCGGUACUGGCAAAGCUCUUGCGCAAGCUGGUCCCGGCGCUAUUUUCAUCUCGUACUCUAUCGUCGGUUUCGUCGUCUUCUUGGUUAUGGCCGCUCUGGGUGAGAUGGCUGCUUGGCUUCCCAUGUCUGCUGGUUUCACUGGUUACGCUUCUCGGUUCUGCGACCCGUCGCUUGGUUUUGCUCUCGGUUGGACUUAUUGGAUAAAAUACAUUAUUGUCACGCCUAAUCAGCUUACCGCCGCCGCCAUAGUUAUCCAAUUUUGGCUGCCUCGAGAUCGAGUUAAUCCCGGUGUCUGGAUUACUAUAUUCCUCGUCGCGAUUAUUUGUAUCAACUAUUUCGGUAUUCGAUUCUUUGGUGAAUUCGAAUUCUGGCUGUCCAGUUUCAAAGUCAUUGUCAUCAUCGGUGUCAUUAUCCUAACUCUUGUCAUCGCGGCCGGUGGCGCAGAUGGUGACCCGAGAGGAUUCCGGUACUGGAACGAUCCUGGUGCAUUCCGUCCUUACAUCGCGACAGGAUCUUGGGGUAAAUUCCUUGGUUUCUGGUCUACCAUGGUCACAGCUACUUUCGCUUACUUGGGUACCGAAUUGGUCGGUGUGACGGUCGGCGAGGCCCAGAACCCGCGCAAAACCAUUCCUCGCGCCAUUCGACUUACCUUCUACCGUAUCGUCCUAUUCUACUGUAUCAGCAUCCUGUUGAUCGGCAUGUGCGUACCCUACAACUCGGAGCUCUUGUCUUUUGCCUCCAAGGACCCGAGCAAAGCUGGCAACGCCAACGCUUCCCCGUUCGUUGUCGCCAUCAAGCUCGCCAACAUCCGCGCCCUCGACCACAUCCUCAAUGCUUGCAUUCUGGUUUUCGUGUUCUCCGCCGCCAACUCCGAUCUGUAUAUUGCGAGCCGAACCCUUUACGGUCUGGCUUCCGACGGCGCGGCCCCGGCCAUCUUCCGAAAGACUAACAACAAGGGUGUACCGCUAUACUCCCUAGGCGCCUCUGCCUGCUUCGCCCUCCUGGCUUACCUCAACGUCUCGGACGACUCCAAGAACGUCUUCAGCCAUUUUGUCAACCUGACCACCAUCUUCGGUCUCAUGACGUGGAUCUCGAUCUUGGUGACGCACAUCUGGUUCGUCCGCGGACGACGCGCACAGGGCCUAACGAACGAUAUGAUGCCAUACACGGCGCCUUUCGGCCUCGCCGGUUCCUACGGUGCCCUGGCCAUGUGCUGCCUGAUCGCCCUAACCAAGAACUUCGACGUCUUUGUUGGCAACUGGAGCACCAAGUAUCCCACCUUCAUCACGGGUUACCUCGGUAUCCCCAUCUUCCUCCUCCUCAUCGGCGGCCACAAGGUCUGGACCAAGAGCAAGGGCGUCCGCCCCCACGAGUGCGACUUCUACACCGGAAAGGACGUCAUCGACCGCGAAGAGGAGGAGUUCCUCGCUGCUCAGGCUGUCAUGCUCGAGGCCAAGCCCGAGUCUAAGGGCGCUAUCUUCUAUAGGAGAUUCGUGUCUUGGCUGCUGUAGAGUCACGAACACUCUGUGGGGACGAAAGGGCCUUAUAUUUUAUUUUUUAUUUUUUUUACACGCGUGCGUGCUUAAGGGAGACGGCGGGUUCGUUGUAUUGUAUUGGAUACCUGCCCGUCACGGGAUAAGGGGGGGAAAGUGGAAAAAAAGGGAUAAUAUCUAUUUACCUAGAGUAUCCUGUAUAUAUUUUGCCUAGAGACCUACAUACCUAGCAGCUAGAUUGGGUUUUUACGUCAUAUCACGUCAUGUUAUGUUAUGGAUGUUAUAUUGGAGAGGUGUUGUAUAUAUGUAAGCUGUAUAUACCAUUUGCCAUCUACUACCUACCCAUUUAUCUAUCCGGAUAC